GGCACCCGUGAAGAGAGAGGGAGAGAGUGAUUCCAACACCUUGAACGCUCGGCACGCUGCGGCUGGCUCCAGUGUUGUCUCCCGCGCUGCCCCUGCACACCUGUCUGCAACUGUGCCCUCUCCCGUGCGCUCCCUCCUCCCUCUCUCCUGCAGCACGAUGCGGGCGGUUAUCCUGGUGCUGGUGUCCUUGGCGGCAGUGGUGGCGGCGGGACCUACCAUGAAGAUGUACGAGAAAUCCAACGACAAAAUCUACAAGCGGGUGCUGGUACCUGUGUCCUCCACCGUGAUCCCCCUCGAGGACUUGCCCGUGUUGAAGGUGGGCGCUGGUGUGGGCGUGGGCUCUUCUAUCACCAUUGAUGAGAAGCUGCGGCCUGACGGACCCGUGAAACUGGUGACGAUCCACACCCUCGACAAGAGCAAGAAGAAGAAGGCCGAGAACGGUAAAGACUCCACCAGCGCCGCCCUUAUCGAGGAACUCACUGAGGAGGAAUACAAGACCCUCACACAGCAGAAGCAGGAGUAACGCUGUCGCCUGCCCUCCCUCCUUCCCCAUCCCUAACAAGAGAAGGGGAAAAAAAUGAAGUCUGAUUGAACACCAAGUCGACGGUUCAUCGCACUUUCAUAAGAGCGAGGUGAUUGUAGUAUGUGUGUGUGUGUGUGUGUGUGUGUGUGUGUGUGUGUGUGACCCUCACCCUGCCUUCUCCCUUCUUGAUACAUAAUUAUCUGGACCGUGGCCCGUUGUGCCUUUGACAUGAAAACCAACGAAAUGUAGUCAUGAUGCUCCUCUAGUCAGUUCAUUCACGUCCAAUGCAAAGAAAGUGAACAGUUCGCUGGUUUUAAUUAAUUUAAAUCACGGAUAUAUUAAAAAAAAAAACAUUUCGGAAAGUUAUCCAUUACUGUGCUUUUCCUCCAUGUCAUUUUAUAGUAGAAUUCCUCGUUUUUUUUUUUUUUCCGACGAUAUGACCCUUUUCUUUAUUUAUUUUUGUUUUUGUGAUCGGUUGAGGGUGACACACAGAUGGGACGCCCCCACGGAAGACGCUCGUGCUCUGCUCCCUCGGCGGACAGCAGCACCACCCUCCUCCUGUGGGGCCUUGAUGGAUACACAGUACUGGGACGCCGCCAUUACUACAUAGAGCUUUAAACUAACAUACAGGUGCAUAGAGAGAAUUUCUUUUCUAUAAAUUCUAUAUAUCUAGUUGCUAAAUGAGUGUUUGCAUUCGUAAGGAGUGACGUGAUGUGCUUCCCCGAACAUUAUACGAGUAUGUGUUGUGAGUUUGUUCUCGGUUGUGGAUUUUUUGUUUUUCUUUCUUCUGAUUUUCAUCGUAAUAGCUACGCAAUCAAAUCAUAUGUAUAUUAUAUAUCAUAUAGAUAGAUGCUGUAGAACAGGGGUGUCAGACUCAAAUCCUCUCGAGGGCCAAUGAUGCACCUGGUUAUUGUCUCGAGGACCAUCAGAUAUUUGGUAAUUACUUAUUUGGUAAGACUGAAGAUUACAAUUUAUUUUGCUGGUCAUCCUGGUUUACCAAAAGUACAUUAUUUGGGUUCAUUCGAACUUACACGUGUAAAAUUUGUCUUACGUAAUAAAUACAACACUAAUUAUUACAAAGAAAGGUGACAAUAAAAAUUGUCACCUUGCGGGCCACUUGAGACCAUCCCGCGGGCCACAUUUGGCUCGCUGGCCAUGAGUUUGACACCCCUGCUGUAGAAGUUUUGUGUGUUAAAUCCACCUUAUAUUACCUAUAAUUUUUCGUUGCGGUUAUUGUUCAUCAAACAAAUAUUUGAAGAUCUUUCAGCACUUCUGAAAUCCUCUUAUUCAUUUUCAUUUAUUUUUCUAUUUUAAUAUUUAUAUAUUCAUUUAUUUACUCAUUAUUGUUAUCGUUAUUAUUAUUAUUAUUAUUAUUAUUAUUAUUAUUAUUAUUAUUAUUAUUAUUAUUACUUCAAGCUUAACAUUUUGAUCUGCCUGACAUCACACAUGCAGUAAGUUUCUUCUCGGUAAUCUGAAGAGUACAUAUGAUUACACGGAUCACUUCACGUCUCAAGCACACACGAGUACCUUUCCCAGUAGCCUAUCUAUGAGGUGGCCACUGCCAAGGUUAUACGACGUGAAAUAAUAGAGAUGUUUAUUUACAAAAAGAGUGACUAAUUUGAAUCAGAAUACUUGUAAAUAAAAUUUUUAACAAAUUAA